CAUAGACGUUGUUGGACCACGCAAGGAAUCUGGAUGGCAGCAGUAGGACCCUGAGUCUGAAUCACCCGCCUCCUCCACUCUUGAUUAAAGGGCGGCACCUCUGACCCCCCUCCUGGCCUGGAAGGAUAAAUGGGGAGGGGAGAGCGGGCUGCACAGCAGCACCAGGCAGCAGCCAAGAUGCUGAAUCUGCUGGUGCUGGCACUGCCCCUCCUGCCGGGCCUGGUCCACGCGGCCCCUGCCCCAAGCCAGGCCCUACAGAGAGUGGGCAUCGUCGGGGGGCAGGAGGCCCCUGGGAGCAAAUGGCCCUGGCAGGUGAGCCUGAGGCAGAAACAUCAGUACUGGAAGCACAUCUGCGGGGGCUCCCUCAUCCACCGGCAGUGGGUGCUGACCGCCGCGCACUGCCUUGGGCCGAAACUCAUAGAUCCUGCAGAACUGAGGGUGCAGCUGCGGGAGCAGCACCUCUAUUACCGGGACAAGCUGCUGACCGUCAACCGGAUCCUCCCACACCCCAACUACUACACGGUUCAGAACGGGGCGGACAUCGCCCUGCUGGAGCUUGAGGAGCCCGUGAGCCUUUCCAGCCACGUCCAGCUGGUCGCUCUGCCCUCUGCCUCGGAGACCUUCCCCCCAGGGACCUCGUGCUGGGUGACAGGCUGGGGUGACCUGAACAAUGAAGAACCCCUCCCGCCGCCAUACCCCCUGCAGCAGGUCAAGGUCCCCAUCGUGGAAAACAGCAUUUGUGACACGGAAUACCACACUGGCCUGUACACGGGGGACAACGUCCAGAUUGUCCAGGACGACAUGAUUUGUGCCGGGAACAGGAAAAAGGACUCCUGCCAGGGCGACUCCGGGGGGCCCCUGGUCUGCAAGGUCAACGGCACCUGGCUGCAGGCGGGCGUGGUCAGCUGGGGCGACGGCUGCGCCAUGCCCCACAGGCCCGGCAUCUACACCCGGGUCACCCACUACCUGGACUGGAUCCGCCAGUACGUCCCCGAGGAGCGCUGAGCCGUCCCCGGGGCUGCCCUCGGGGGCUGCGGAGGACCCAGCCCCCUCCUGGCCCCAGGCCACU